UUUCAGCGUCCGUCCACAGACAACGCUAACGCUGCCAAAAACGCGCGCUUGGUUCUCUUCAAGCGCAUUAAAAACAACUUUAUUUUAUAACUCAGCAUAUCACCUGUAACGUAUCCUCGUAAAGUUCGGAAUACGCUCUGACGCCGAGAAACACUUCCUGAAAGUUUUCUGCUUCCAGAGAGAAAAAGAAAGAUGUCAAAACGUGACACUUUGGUGGAAGAAGGACUGCGAUCAGAGCUGAUGCUCAAGGCUCACCUCAAGGCUUUGAGAAUGGCCCUUCAGCAGCAGCUGCAGGAGACAAGGAGGAGGCAGACAGAAGAGCUCGAUGAAAGGAUUCAUCGGAACACUCUCCUGUCAACAGACACAAAUUAUAAAUUUGCAGAAAGGAGAUCCACGCCUGCAUCUGCUCUUAUUUCAUACGAAAAGGCCUCCCACUAUCCCUCACAGAGGCCUAAUGUGUUUUCUCAUUCCUUGGUACCUUCAUUAAACCCAAAGCACCGUUCUGUCAGCACUCAGCAGUGUGAAAAGUGUGCUCCGUCUAAAACAACACAGCAGAAGAAGGAAGAGGAGGCCGAGGCUGAGUGCAGGAAGAAGUUCAGCGCUGCCCCCGUCCCCAGCUGUGUAACUCAGCCCGUUUACCGGGAGAUGAUGGAGCUCAGAGAGAAGGAGAGGAAACGGGGCCAUGAGCAGAGAAAGCUGUUGCUGCUCUCCAGUCAGAAACCUUUCAGCUUUGAGCAGAGAGACCAGAAAACAAGGGAGAAGAUGUCAGCAAAAUUAAACCAAGGCUCAGAGGAUCCAAAAAACAGUUUUCGUGUUCAGAAAACCUCUCACAUACACUUGAAGGGUUCAAAAGAGCAGAAAGAUCUGCAGGAACUUUGCAGAAACCUCCAGACACAAAUAGCUUCAAAACAACACGCUCCGUCUCAGGCCGGCUGCCUGAAACUUCGCAUCGCCGAUCACACCAAGGAAAAAAAGCUGGGUUUCUUGGAUGAGCAGCCGAGCUUCAAGCCAAAAAUCAUCCCUCAGGUCCCAGAUUUUAAAAGGCUGCACAGGGCUUUGCAGAGGGAAGCGCUGGAGAAAAAGCAGAGUCGAGAUGUGACAAGGUGUCAGCCCUUCGUCCUCAAGACAUCAGCUCUACCUGCAAGGAAAAGUAUGGAGAGCCCAGAAACCCCACAGGUAUCUAAAAUUAAUAAUCUCAGUAGGAGCAAGUCACUUGGAGCCCUGACACUGAUAUCUAGAGACACUCUUCCCACCUAUAUCACAGAUGCUGCACGGCAGCGCUGUGCAGCGAUCAGAAAAUCAAUAGAGGUGAGGGAAAGUAAAAAUCAAGAGAGUGCAGAGUGGUUAAAGAGCCACCAGAUGAGAUCCCAAGCGAUGAAGAGGACUGUAGCUCUUCACGCAAAGCUGCUGGACCCCCACAGUAGCCUGAAAGACGUGUGUAAGGAAAAUCUACAGCGCCAUCGAGAAGCUGAUCUGGAAAAAGUGAGAAAUUACAUGAGAGAAUUACGAGACAUGAAGGCCCGAGUUACUGAGAGACCGUACUUGUUUGAGCAGGUGAAACAGAACGCGAAGGCCCAAGCAGAGCAGACAUACAGGAGAAAGCUGCAGAAAGUCGGGAUUAAAGAGCAGUUUGUUGAAGAAACUGGAGAAUCAUUCAGAUACGAUUAUGCUGAUACCUCUACGAGUAGCCACGGCUCUGAAAAGGAAAUUCAAAGCAGGGAGGAAAAUGUAGACGACGGAGAGAAAAUUGAAGAUGUGGAAGAGAAGAGCGUGAAGUCCAAAGCGGAAGAAAUGCCAUGAUCAAAAAGGUUCAGGAAGAGCUGAGUUCUUGUGGUCUCUCCACUAGAAAACAACACUGUCUUUAAAAAAUGAUCCAUAUCACGGCGAACACCAGGGACCUGAUUGUUUAAGAUGUACAACUAUAAAUUAUGAACACACAAAUCAUGUGGACUUUACCCUCCUCAAAUAUUUAGAUCUGAAUGAAAAUAAAGUUUCAUACAUCCUUACCUGCCUUUGAGUAUAUAAUGUGUUACAAAGCCGACUUUCUCAGACGUAAAACACAUGUAUUGUUUUGUUUCUUUAGAUCUUUUUAGCUUUUCUUUUUGUUUUAUGAAUUGAGUCUUCACCGAUUAACCCAUGAAAUGCAUCUAAAAGUUAUUUCCAUUCACACAUAAACUAAAUACCUUUCUGGAAGAUUCUGCAGCCGGCAGAUUCAUCGGGCUGACUCAUCGGGCUCUCAGGAUGGGGUAGAAAAAGAGCAUCUUCCAAAGGCUCAGGGACAGAUUUACUAUCAAGGGUAAUUUAGCAUCUGGUCGCAAAUCGUAAAUAGCGCCUGUGGGAGUGUCUCGUCCAAAACUGAAGUGUUCUGCAAACAAAAACAUCAGCAUCCCAAUUCAGUAGUGAUUAAAGUCAUCUAACAGCAGCAGUGAGAAUUAACGCGAAGCCGCAGAAAAGCAGAUUUAUUUAUAAUCAGAAGCCACCGAAUUGACCAAAGCAGCAGAAUAGGCUUUUAAUGAUGUCUUUGAGCUGCUCUUUUUUAAAGGGGUAUGUUUAGACAAUAGGCAAUAUUCACUGACUUAGAGACAUGAAUUUGGUGCACAAAUUUGUUCCUUAUUGUGGAUUUUGUCAAAACCAUGCAGGUGGAAAAUUAUACAUACAGCUUCACAUAUUUACCUGCAGCUCCUUAGGAAGCAUUUUUAUUUUUAUUUU